AUGGCGCCGUCUAGCGCAAAGACAAGAAGAAAUGUUCGCAUAGAUUCCUUAUCGCCUAAUCGCCAGAUAGCGGCAAAAGAUUGCCGCCAGUGCGUGACGCGUCGUAUCAAAUGUGAUCGGUCUGUACCGCAUUGUCAAAAGUGCUCUGUUCGUGGUCUUUUGUGUCCUGGUUUUCCCCUUGUGCAUCUCAGAUGGGUCCAGGGAGUGGCUAGCAGAGGGCGAUCUGCCUCUCUCCGCUUGUCAAUCCUGGGUCUGGCAGCGGCCCAUCUGUCUGCCACAUCCGCAGAAUUCGAGCGAUCCUCAAUUCACCUGCGAGUGAACCAGCGUCUACGAAAUGACAUCCUCGGAACUCUUAGCAACAAAAUGCAUAUUGAGCGCUCUGCAAAUUUCAUCUCCGUCGGUGGAGGCUUCCUUGACUUUUCAUUAGUUGAGAUGCUUGCUUCAAUGCUGGUACUUUGUUAUGGUGAAUUACACAUCCCGGGCUCGACAGAUUGGAAGCUCCAUCUCCGUGCAUGCCACGCAAUUAUUGAAAGACAUCAUCUGCGAAGCAUGCAGGAGCUCUCAGGGGAUGUAAUUGCCAAGUGGCUUAUAAAUGAAGUCAUUGACCUUGAGAUCUUUGGGAAUUUGUCGGCUUUUACCAUGGAGCUUGACCCCAGCAAUAUGAUGGCCUGGCCUGAGGUGUUCGAUGGCGACUUCUGGGACUUCACGUUGCUCAUAAACGAGAUAACAGUGGCUGAAAGGUCCCACUAUACUUUCUCACAUAGUAGCGAUGGUCUUGUACAGACUGACAUGAGAUAUUGGCACGCUAAGCUAGAUACAGCCUGCAUUCGAGCAACCAUGCUGAUUUCAUCUUUUUCUGAAGAUGAGCCGCUGGAACGGAACCGGUUUCGCGCUAUCAUAGAAGCACAUUACCAUGCCUGCCUUAUCUACAAUUACCAAGCUCUUGCAUCUCAGGCUGAGGCGGCCGUGGCGAUUCAAUCAUCUUCGAACGAUCUCUGGAAUAUAAUUGUGGCUGUGACCAUGGAGCCGGGACCGACGUUUGCCCAUGAUAUUUUCUUUCCCUCUUUUCAUCGUUGGCACUGA